CGUGUGUGUUCAAUGUGAGUCUAAGACCCAAACCUGCGGAAGCGAGAUUGAGCAGAAAAUACCAACCAAAACCAAAUCAGAAACAACAAUAUCGCAAUCAACUGGAAGAUGAAGAGGAAAGGGCAGGAGACGGCGGUGACGGAGAAUGAGAACGAGUAAAACCAGGAAUGGAUCAAGUCGCUGUGCAAUGGGAGCUUUGUGUCCAUCCCAGACUGACACUGUACAGUUUACCCCAGGAGUUUAAAGUUGAGCAGUAAAUGGUUCCAGUUCAGAAGCUGCCAGUGUGAGCGUGCUGUGGAAUUGAGGAAUGUCCCUGCAUAACAUCUCUGUGUUCUCUGCAGCCCAAAAUAAGAUGAGGCAUAUGGAGGAGAUGUCGGACCCCUCGGAGGAGGAGGAGGACGGAGACGAGGGGAGCGGUGGUCCUGGGGGUCUGCUGAAGAGGAGCCGUGUUCAGGGGAAGAGUUUGGGGGACGGGGUCCUGAAGCCUGUCAAACUGACCAAGCAGCAGCUGUACAAACCCCCCACUAAUGAGGAGCUGAACCGCCUGCAAGAGACCGAGAGCCUGUUCCACUCGAGCCUGCUGAGGAUGCAGAUGGAGGAGCUCCUGAAGGAAGUGACUCUUUCUGAGCGGAGGAGAAAGACGAUCGACUCGCUCGUGCAGGAAGUGACAUCGCUGCUGGCUAGUGUCCCUGAGACGACUGACAGAGAGCUGAGUGAUCAGGCCUGGGUGCCACGUGGUGUGAAGGUGCCCCUGCUGCAGGCCCCCUACUCUGUGAAGGGUCGCUUCAGAAUGGCACCCCCCCUCUCUGUCAAGCUGGUGGGCAGCUACCCCCUUGGCACCUGCUCCAAACCUGACGUCAAUGUGGACCUGGCCGUCACCAUGCCAGCGAUCCUGCACCCAAAGGACUACCUGAACCAGCGCUAUCACCACAAGAGGGCGCUGUACCUGACCGGCCUGGCACACCACCUGUCCUCCAGCCACGCCUUUGGCAGCCUGCGUUUCACCUAUCACCAUGGAAACCACCUGCGGCCCCUCCUUCUACUCACUCCGCUCGGUAAGGAGGAGCGCUCAGUGACCCUGCGGCUCCACGUCUGCCCCCCCGCCGGGUUCUUCAAGCCAAGCCGAUUCCACCCCCGCAAAAACAACGUGCGCACGGCCUGGUUCCUGGGCCAAGAGACUCCCCAGCAGGGCAUCAGCGAGCCGCCCACCCCUCACUACAACAACUCUGUGCUGAGUGACAUGCUGCUGGAGUCUCACAAGAGCUUCCUGUCUGCCAGCGCUGCCGACUUCCCCGGCUUCAGGGAGGGGGUGGCUGUGAUCAAGGUGUGGCUGCGACAGAGAGAGCUCCACCAGGGUUAUGGCUGUUUCAAUGGCUUCCUGGCCUCCAUGCUUGUCGCCUACCUGCUCUCCAAACACAAGAUCAACUCCAUGAUGAGCGCAUACCAGGUGCUGAGGAAUGUGCUCCAGUUUCUGGCCUCCACGGACCUGACAGAAAGCGGGAUUACUCUGGUGAAAGGCACAGACAGCACGGUGCCGGCCCUGUCCGAGUUCCACGAUGCUUUCCAGGUGGUGUUUGUCGAUCCCUCGGGUCACGUCAACCUCUGUGGAGACAUGACUGCCAGCAAAUACAGACAGGUACAGCACGAGGCACGUCUGUCCAUGCAGGUGUGGGAUAACCCUAAACUGGACGGGUUUCAUGCCCUCCUGAUGACCCCCAAGCCGCUGGUCCGCACCUUUGACCACAUCUUUCACCUGUCCCCUGUGGUGAAGCUGCAGGCCGCCUGUAAGAAAAUGGAGCUGCUGUCUGAGCUCCUGGACCACGCUGGGAACUACGUGGCAGCGGCUCUGCCUUUCAUCAUGUCCCUCCUGCAGCGAGGGCUGGGAGACAGAGUCCGGCUUCUGGCACACUCCCUGCCUCAGAGCCCCGAGUGGACGAUCGACUCUGAGCCCCCCAAACAUAAAGACAAGGGGCUGCUGUCCUUCGGGUUGCUCCUGAAUCCUGAGUUCAGUACAAAUACGCUGGAGAGGGGACCCCCAGCCGACAGCACACAGGCGCUGGAGUUCCGCAAGCUCUGGGGCGAGAGGGCGGAGCUGCGGCGUUUCCAGGACGGCUCGAUCUGUGAGGCUGUAGUGUGGCAGGGGGGAUCUGCGUUCCAGAAGAGGCUGAUCCCGGAGCAGAUCAUCAAGCACCUACUGCAGCUACAUGCACAUAUCCCAGAGUCCUCGGUGCACUACGUGGGGGCGCUGCUUGAUGAGGUCAUCAAGGUGGGACGAGAGGGCGGCAACACUGGAGAGGAGGCGAGUGUGCAGGUGAUCCAGUCCUACGAUGACCUGAGCCGCAAGCUGUGGAACCUGGAUGGGCUGCCCCUGACGGUGACCUCGGUACAGGGGGCCCACCCUGCGCUGCGCUACACCCAGGUGUUCCCUCCUGUCCCGAUGAAGCCUGACUACUCCUGUUUCCGGUUGGAGAAAUCCCACCGUUCCCUACUGCCCCUGGAAGGGAAGCCCUGCCCUGCUUACAUCCCAGCGAUCAAGGUGAUUUGUCACAUGGAGGGCAGUGGGAAAUGGCCCCAGGACCGGGAGGCGAUCCGGCACAUCAAGGCUGCCUUCCACAUCCGCCUGGGAGAGCUCCUGGGACAGCAGCACCGGCUCACCUGCCACCCUGCACCCACGCACCUCGACGUCUACAAGGACGGGCUGGUGUUCCGCGUGCAGGUGGCCUAUCACCGGGAGCUUCAGAUCCUGAGGGAGACGCUGACCCCUGAGGGGAUGAUGCGUUACCAGGACAACGAGGAGGCCCUGCGGCUGGAGCUGGAGACGGUGCACCGGCCCUACCUGACCAGCACACUGCACGGGCUGCAGCAGCAGCACUCUGUGUUUGGUGCCACGGCCCGGCUGGCAAAGCGGUGGAUCGGUGCGCACCUCCUGAGCGCCAGCCUGAGCGAGGAGAGCCUGGACCUGCUGGCAGCAUCUCUGUUCCUGCAGCCCGCGCCCCACAUAGCGCCCAGCUCCCCGCAGGUGGGAUUCCUGCGCUUCCUUCACCUGCUCGCCUCAUUUGACUGGAGGAACGACCCUCUCGUUGUGAACCUCAAUGGUGACAUCACAGCCACGGAAAUCACAGAGACUAAAAAUGAUUUUAUCGCCUCCCGCGCCUCGCUGCCUGUCAUGUUCAUUGCCACCCCCAAAGACAAGAAGAACUCAGUCUGGACCAAAGAGGGGCCAUCAGUGCAGAUCCUGCAGAGGCUGAUCGUUCUGGCCGCAGAGAGCCUGCGGGUCCUGGAGACGCAGCUGAAGGACCCAACUCAGCCGCAAGACGUCAAGAUGGUGCUGCGUCCCCCCCUGGAUAUCUACGAUGUGCUGAUUCACCUGAACCCCAAGCAGGUUCCUCUGCAUGCACAGGCCGUUGACACGCCACACAUCGUCUUCAGCAGGGGGGCGCUGCCGAGCGGGGCGGCAGGGGGCUCGGGUAACAUGCCCGUCGUCGACUUCAACCCCGUCGCCUGCUACCUGAGCGAGCUGAGAGAUGCCUUUGAAGAGCUGGCAUUGUUUUUCUGUGACCCGUUUGGAGGCACGGUGAUUGCAGUGCUGUGGAAACCACAGGCCUUCGCACCCCAGCCGUUCCGGGCAUCCCAUGUGAAGGCUCGGCUGGUGCAGGUGAAGGGGAGCGAGGCGCAGACCGUGCCCAAUGUGGAGGCCAUCCUCGAAGACUUUGAGACCCUGGGGGCAGGGCUGGUGCGGGAGGUGGAGGUGCGCAGCGAGCGGUGGACUAUCUGAGGACCCUACUCCCCCCGAUCACCAGGAGGCAGCGCAGUACCCCUCACCAUACUGCUGAGGCUGCCUCCCCCAAAGACUCCUCAGGUGGAUUGAUGGCUGCAUCUCUACAAUGUGUUGGAUUGAUGGCUGUAUCUCUACUCUGUGUUCGAUUGAUGGCUGUAUCUCUACUCUGUGUUCGAUUGAUGGCUGUAUUUGAUGUGCACCAUGCUGGAGUCAUGGCUGCAACUUACCCAGACUGGGCUGACUGAGAUACCUUCCUUCUCGAAGGGAGUCACGUUGUAUGCUUCACGCUUUUGACAGUCAUUUUGGUUUUAUGCUUUGUUUAAUUUAAUAAUGUAGGGGGACUGCACCUCCUGUUUGGUCUUUCCAGUCAUGGCUGCAUAAUAGACACAUCUAACCAUGUGUAGAAGCAUAGGCAGUAUGCAAUACAGGAUGUUUAUAAUGCAGUUACAUUUUUCUUUUUAAACCUGGACUGGACCACAGCCCUUACAAUCUUCUUUUUUUUUUUGGUAAUUUUGCUGACCCAUUCCAGCACAAUGAGAAUUGAAUCUACCCACAUGUGAAGAAAAUAGGUAUCUGAAUAUGUACAUAAAUUCCAGUUAUACAAAUUCCUGUGUAAUGUAAUCCUAUCCGAUUUUAAACAAAAAACAAACAAACAAAAAAACUCAGUUCUUCCCGAAAUGUCCUCUCUCUUCACCCACGCUCCGUUUCUUAUUUGCAGUCCUACUGGAAUUUAAUGACCUCAUUUUUAUGUAACCCCACCUUCCUCUAUUUCCCAAGCUGUCAAUAAUAGAGUUAGUGUGUGCAAGAAUAUUUCCACACCUUUUAGUUUGUUUGCUGUAUUUCCCCAUUUUAAGGUCACUACACUGGCUUCACGCGAAGCAUUGCAUUGAUUUCAAAAUGCUGCUCCUCACUUAAGGCUCUGGCCCUGCCUGUUUGUGUGAGUUACUCUCUAAACCGACUCGCACUCGCAAAUGAUGGCCUCUUGAUCAUUCCAAGAACUUGGUUAAAACUCUAAUGUGUGACAGCUUGCAGUGUUCAAGCUCCUUCACUGUGGAACUUGGUUAAAACUUUACUGUGUGACAGCUUGUAGUGUGAGAGCUCCUUCACUGUGGAACUUGCUUCCAGGUUUUAUCCGGCAUGCGGAGUCUGUCAGUGUUUUUAAAUCUCAACUCAAAACAAAUUUCUUUGAUGUUACCUUUUCAGUAGCGAGCAGUUUGGAGCUCUUUUUGCUGGCUGUGUAUUUGUAUAAAGCUCCCUGGGAUGCUUGCACAGGAAAGGCGCUAUAAAUGAAGUUGGUAUGGUAAGUGUGCGGAUCAUCUGAAGCAGGGGUCCCACCACUGUCUCUGAAAUGCCACCAUACCUGAACCAACAACCUGGCUGCUUGAGUGGAGUUAUGACGGAUCACUGAUUGCCAGUGUGUUUCAAGUUAAUUAGCUGCCCAAAUUGUUGCAAUAUUUUUUGAAUGUGUUGCUAGUAAAUUGGGGGUUCUGUGGAAGGUGAGGGACAGUGCGUACGUAAGGGUGGCUCCACGUGGUUCCCAUCACUGUGGAUGUGCACUGCAGCCACGGCCAUGCCCUGGAAUUACUUUCCAAACAGAACUGCUUUCUGCAUCCAUGGGAACAUUUAUAACGUGUGCCAGCAUGUCUGAAGAUCAGCAGUGAGACUAUAGUUAAAAGCAGGUGUCAUGUGCACCAUGUCAUUUUUAUUUUAUUCUUUCUCUAUAAGAUGCUCUAGUAGUUUAUGUGGUAAUACUGAAAUAAACUAAAUAUUUAAUAAAU